GUGCUUCAGAAACUCUUCAUUUGUUGAUAGUUUCUGUUGAUAAGCUAAUUUAUUUGGCUUUCAUGUCUCAGAAAACCUGAAAAGUACAAAAAAUUGUGGAAAUCAAUAAAAGAUUAACGAUGGCUAUUUUCUCCACAUCACAUCUUCUCUUCUUCUCCUUCAUCAUAACCACAUGUACAAUUUCCAUUGUCUCCGGCACCGUCUUCACUUUAUCGAACCGCUGCAGCUUCACCGUCUGGCCCGGAAUCCUAACCGCAAAGUCCACACUAAUCGGCGACGGCGGAUUUGCCUUACCUUCGGGAUCUUCCGUAAACUUAACCGUUUCUCCAGGUUGGUCCGGUCGAUUCUGGGGUCGAACGGGCUGCAACUUCGACGCCUCGGGUUCCGGAAAAUGCACCACCGGAGACUGCGGUGGCAAAUUAAAAUGCGCCGGCGCAGAAGGAGCUCCACCAACCACACUAGCUGAAUUCAGAAUCGGCUCCUCCGGAAAACAAUACGCCGUACAAGAUUCCUACGACGUGAGCCUCGUCGACGGUUACAACGUUCAGAUGAAAAUCACACCACAAGGUGGCUCAGGCAAUUGUAAAACCGCGGGAUGUGUUUCGGACGUGAACGCGAUUUGUCCGAACGAGCUACGCGUUACGGACUCGAAGGGUGUUGUGGCGUGUAAGAGUGCUUGUGAGGCUUUUAACAAACCGGAGUAUUGUUGCACCGGCGCUUUCAAUAGACCGGAGACUUGUCCUCCGACGAAAUACUCGAAGUUAUUUAAAGGAGCUUGUCCUACUGCGAAUAGCUAUGUAUACGAUUAUGCUUCGAACUCCUCCAUGGCUGUUCCUUUUCUAAGCUCUUCUCUUCAACUCACACCCACUUCUCCGAUUCUCUUCACUAAACUAACACCACCAAUAAUCCACAACCACAGAACAACAACAUGCACAGUACCCACAAAACCCCGUCUACGUCUCCUCCGCCGUUCCGCCGUCGCUGGAACCGCCGUUGCUGAUCAAACAGAAGGAGGAGGAGAGGUUCUUUUAAACCCUGAAGAAGAGAAACGUGUUGAGGUAGCGGAUUAUGAUUGGACAGAGGAAUGGUACCCAUUGUACCUCACUAAAAACGUCCCUGACGAUGCGCCGCUUGGUCUCACCGUCUACGAUCGUCAAAUAGUUUUGUAUAAAGACGGUGAAGGAACACUUCGUUGUUACGAAGAUCGCUGUCCUCAUCGUUUGGCUAAGUUGUCUGAAGGACAAUUGAUUGAUGGAAGAUUGGAAUGUUUGUAUCAUGGUUGGCAAUUUGAAGGAGAGGGUAAAUGUGUCAAGAUUCCUCAGCUUCCUGCGAGUGCUAAGAUUCCGAAGGCGGCUUGUGUGAAGACAUAUGAGGUGAAAGAUUCACAGGGGGUUGUAUGGGUGUGGAUGUCAACAAAGACACCUCCAAACCCUGAAAAGCUUCCUUGGUUUGAGAAUUUCGCUAGACCCGGUUUUUUCGACAUUUCGACUACUCAUGAGCUUCCUUAUGAUCAUUCCAUUCUUCUUGAGAAUCUGAUGGAUCCUGCUCAUGUUCCUAUUUCUCAUGAUAGAACUGACUUCACUGCUAAAAGAGAAGAUGCUCAGCCUCUGGUUUUUGAGGUUACAGAGAGAAGUAAUCGGGGUUUCGCAGGGACUUGGGGUCGAGAGAAAGACGGAGGGAAAGGGAGUAAUUUACUUCGGUUUGAUGCUCCUUGUGUUCUGCAGAAUAAUCGAGAGUUUGAGGGGAAGGAUGGAGUGAAGAACUAUUUUUCAGGGCUGUUUCUUUGUAGACCUACAGGGCAAGGGAAGUCUAUGCUUAUUGUUAGGUUUGGGGUCACAAAAAGAUCGCCUUUGGUUUCGGUGUUACCUCAAUGGUUCUGGCAUCAGAAUGCCUGCAAGGUUUUUGAACAAGACAUGGGGUUUCUAUCGUCUCAAAACGAGGUUCUGAUGAAGGAGAAAGUACCAACUAAGGACUUGUAUUUAAAUCUAAAGUCAUCGGACACAUGGGUCGCUGAGUAUAGAAAGUGGAUGGACAAAGUUGGUCACGGGAUGCCUUACCAUUUCGGGCAUAGGACCAUAUCUCUCCCCAAGGUCCCUCCUGUAGUGGAACAUGCACCUGCAGGGCUCAUUGCAGCUCUCUCGGCUUCUUACCCUGCAAAAGGCGGAAUUGGGACUAUGCACGCUCCCAAUUUGGCUAACCGGUACUUCAGACAUAUUAUUCAUUGUAGAAGCUGCAGCAAUGUGAUCAAAUCUUUUGAGCUCUGGAAAAAUAUCCUCUCUGCCACGGCAGUGGCUUUGACGACUUUGGCCAUUCUGGUGGUUAGUAGACAUUGGAAGGCUGUCCUGUUAGGUUCGGCAGCAUUGUGCUCGGCUGCAGCUUAUGCCUGCUUAAGAGCUAUAAAUCUAAACACCAAUAACUUCAUUAGAACACACAGAAGACUAUGAAAAUGUGUAUUGGCAUGUCUCAUCUUCUUCCUACAAUAUGUAUUUCAUGAAAUAUCUUUUUGCUUGUAAACGCAAUUAUAAUUCAGAAGGUUCAAGUGUUUGCCAUCAAUCUUACAGUUUAGCAGUGAAAUUUC